AUGGACAAUGAAGAGAGAAAACAAUCAAUGGAGGAUGAUGAAGAGAGAAAACAAGCAUGGAGGAGGGUCCCUUAUACCCAACUCGAGCAAGUUCAUUCGGAUUUUGCAAUAGCAAUGGUUUUGCAAGAACAAGAGCGGGCUUUCACAAUUCUCACAAGCAUCGAAAGCGAUAGUAAUGAAGAAGAAAGUGAUGAAGCUUCAAGUACAGAAAGUAAUGAUGAUGACAACGACUAUGAGUUCUUCCAAAGCCACGAACUCGAAUCUGAAAUGGAAUUCCUGCAGGAAGGACAGGACAGUAACAGAGAUGAAGAUAUGGAAGAGGAAGAGGAUGAAAUUGACCUGGACGAGCUAUCUUAUGAAGAUUUGGUUGCGCUCGGAGAGUUUAUAGGGCAAGAGAAGAGAGGACUAUCAAUAAAUGAAAUAUCUACGUGCUUGCAUCCAUGUAAGUAUCAAUCUUUAGCAAAAAAAACUGGGACUGAUCGGUGUGUGGUUUGUCAAAUGGAAUAUGAAGAAGAUGAAUCAUUGGUAGCUCUUUCUUGUGACCAUCCUUAUCAUUCUGAAUGCAUAACCAAGUGGCUUCAAAUCAACAAGAUUUGCCCCAUUUGUAGCAUCGAAGUAUCAUCGCCUAAGAAUAUUUCUAGGAAUGUUUAG